AUGACGAUACCGAGAAUACGCAAACCUCGCACAUCGCGACGUGCCUCGGGGCUGCGAGAUAGCGACUACGAUCAUGAGAUUACGCUAGUCUCGGACGAUGACACAGCAACCAACGACCCAAAGAACACUACGAAUGGUAACGGCACCAAUCAUAGUAAUGAAAUUGGACCGAGGGGGCAAAGUUCUGAAUCGGGAGUAGGGCCUUCAGAGCGUGUGCCCACGAGGGAGCCGCUCGUUGGGAAGCAACGUAGCGGUUCUCGGACUUCUUCAUCCUCAUCAUCCCGCCGUCGCUCAGGGCAAUCAGAUACGAGUCGGGUAUCAAAAUUGCCAAUAAAAGAAUCAAACAGGAGCUCCAAAGUCGCGAAAGAGCCGACCAUACAUGUACAGCAGCCAACGCCUUUCGAAAGACCAGCUCCGGAUGCCUCACAACCCGAGAGAUCGAGCAGCAACAGAGCAGAAGAUACUGAAGCAAUUGACAUACUCUACGAAAACGAGCGCGGUGCACUCUGUUGUGGCAUACCCCUUUUCGCAUCCAAAGCAUUAGGAAACCUCGAUCCGCCAGCAUGGACCAACGUAGCACACAAACCGAGCCCAACCAACAUCCAUACAGCCCAAGUCCCGGACCCGUCAUGGACCUGGGCGUGGCCUGAGUGGCGGGUCAACCACCAAGAUGGAACGGACAAGGACGGCUGGGAGUAUUCAUUUGCAUUUUAUAAGAAGUUUUCCUGGCACGGACCCAGGUGGUGGAACUCUUUCGUCCGGAGGAGGGCAUGGAUACGCCGGCGGGUCAAGAAGGAGAUCAUGCGGGAUGCUAAUGGCGGCGAACUGCUGCAGCCCGACUACUUCACCGUCAGAUCGACGCACGAGGCCGCUGUGGCCGCCGCGGCCAAGGAAGUCGAAAGCCGGCCGAGCAGCAAGCGGGAGAGUAUCAUCAGUCAUGCAAGCGCGGCCUCGCGGACGGCUGCGAUUGCAGCCGAGAUAGCCGCUGUCGGUGGAGUGUCCAACUUAGAGAUCAGAGACGUGGACGCGCUGCUGGCCGUGCUGCGCGCCUGCCGGAUCGACAGGGAGAAGAUUGAGGCCGUGGAGAAGUUCUUGUCCAACGGUGGCGAUGACGACCUGGAACGCCUGGACGAAAAGAUGCACGACAUAAUGGCAUUUUUUGUCUUUCAGGCUUCGCGUCGCACACUCGUCGCGCGGCUGGCUGAGCUGCGUGACCGUGCGGCCGAAGAGAGUGCCAGAAACAGGACUGGCAAGGACAAGGAGGUCGGUAAGGAUGGAGGAGACAAAGUGGCUAGUCUCGACGCCGCACUGAAGCACGCCGAUGAAGAAGUCAGGAAACUGGAGUACUGGAGCGACAUCAAGGGCCUGGCGGAGAAGGGGCAGUCACGAGACGCUAUGGAUGGUGAGUGCGGCUGGGACCAUGACAGUUGGGAGGGUGUGGACAACAGCGGGCCGGCUGCGCCAGGAGAUCGUCCGCAGAAGUAG